CUGCUACCGGUUUAUGGUUCAUUCCAGGCACACCCCAUCUAAAUGAGGAUGGUUUGCUCUAUCAGAGAACUUUAGCAGUUAUGCCUAUAUAGAAGCGCACCAAGGAAGGAGGACGCGCUAAUAUAUAUAUAUUUGUUAUCAGCCUGCUAUCCUGCACGGAGCUCUUAUUCCACGACUCUCAGGUUAGUUUUUCUUUCUUCUCCCUCCGCCACCCUUGCCGUCCCUCGAAAUGGCUCAGUCCACCCCCACCCCAAUAAAGGAAUGUGCCAUUACAUUGGAGCGGGGGAGGGCUAACUUCGUGAGGAGGAGAUCGUGUCAGUGUUGUACUCCUCCUUUCCUUCCUUCCUUCCUUUCCUUCCUUCUCCGAGUUCAAUGACAGGUAGACAUCUCUGGGGAGUCUGGCCCAUCAUGUCCUCUUGAGCGCUCCGGGCCGCAUUCACACGACCACGAGCCGUGACACGCACACUCUCAUAUCCGUGCCUGAAUUCUCCGCUUUCCCCUCUGGUCGGAGUAGUGUCCGGCGCGAAGAAGAGGCUCGGCUCGGGUCACCCGCUGCUGCCGCCAGCCAGCCAGCCACCCCGGCACUACUACUGCUGCUCCUCACCCCAGCGGCAAGGCAGGGUUCCCGGCUGCAGCAGCAGCAACAGCAGCAGGGUCGUCGGCCACGGACUGAAGGCUCUUCUUCCGCCUCCUCCAGGGCGUGCCCGGCCGCCAAGCCGAGCCCAUGGAGCGGUGCGCCUGCGUGGAGAGGGAGCUGGACAAGGUGCUGCAGAAGUUCCUGUGCUACGGCCAGCAUUGCGAGCGGGGCCUGGAGGAGUUGCUGCGCUACGUCAGCCAGCUGAGGGAGGAGCUGGGCACUGCAGCCUUGCAACAGAUGCCACUGUCUGCCACUCUCUCCCUGGUAAUGUCCCAGUGCUGUAAGAAGAUAAAGGACACUGUGCAGAACUUGGCUUCAGACCACAAAGACAUUCACAGCAGCAUCUCCAGGGUGGGCAAGGCAAUUGAUAGGCAUUUUGAUGCAGAUUUGUGUGGCAUUGUUCCUGCUAUGGUCUGGGAGUCCCAAGAGAAGCAGAUCCUGGUGUUGGCCAUUAUAGAGCACCUCUACCAACAGGGAAUGCUGGGAGUGGCUGAAGAACUGUGUCAGGAAUCAACUGUGAAUGUGGAUGUAGACUUCAAAAAGCCAUUCCUGGAACUUAACAGCAUAUUGGAAGCACUCCACAAACAGGACCUAGAGCCUGCCCUGAGCUGGGCAAUUUUCCACAGAGAGCAGCUGGCAGAAUUGAACAGCUCUCUGGAGUUCCAGCUGCAUAGACUCCACUUCAUCAGGCUUCUUGCUGGGGGCCCAGGCAAGGAAUUGGAGGCCUUGAGCUACGCACGCCACUUCCAGCCCUUUGCUCAUCUACACCAGCAAGAGAUUCAAGUGAUGAUGGGCAGCCUGGUAUACCUGCGCUUGGGCCUAAAGAACUCCCCAUACAGGCACUUGCUAGAUGACAGCCAUUGGACUGAGAUCUGUGAGACUUUCACGCAUGAUGCCUGUGCCUUAUUGGGGCUCUCAGUGGAGUCACCUCUGAGUGUCAGCUUUGCCGCGGGGUGUGUAGCACUGCCAGUGCUGAUGAACAUCAAGGCUGUGAUUGAGCAGCGACAAUGCACAGGUGUCUGGAGCCACAAGGAUGAGUUGCCUAUUGAGAUUGAGCUAGGGAUGAAAUGCUGGUACCACUCAGUCUUUGCAUGCCCCAUUCUGCGCCAGCAGACGACAGAAUCUAACCCACCUAUCAAGCUCAUCUGUGGACAUGUUAUUUCUCGAGAUGCCCUCAACAAGCUCAUCAAUGGAGGGAAGCUAAAGUGUCCAUAUUGCCCCAUGGAGCAGAGCCCUGCUGAUGGAAAGCGCCUCAUCUUUUGAUAAUGGCAAGCCUUGGAGAUGCUCUUGUAGAAAUGGGCUGUUGGAGCAAUGCUUGAUGAGAGGCAUCAUGUACUUGCAGGAGUGCAUAGGAUCCUGCUGGGAACAGUAUUGACUCCCAUGACCAUAGCAGCUCUCUUGCUCACAGGGCUGAGAUAACUGUGUCCAGGGCAGAAAGCUGUCUUAUGCUUGCUGUGAGUUAUAGCAUGUGAUUCUGUACUCCUGGUAACAUGCUACUUUAUUCAAACUUAGGCUUCUCCCUGGGGGCCUAGCUAAGUAGCUGGCAGUACCCCCUCCUGGCAAGAUAUCCUACCUUCUCCCCAUGCACAGUUCUGUUUAUUGUUUGGAUGGGGGGUUACAUCAUAAAUAGUAGAUGGGGAACUGCUAUUUUAUGAUGUUUUGAAAUAAAUCUAAGUAUUUUUCUGUUUCAAAAAUGUGAAGGGAAAGAGUUAUGAGGAAUCCUAUUGCUGUCUAGCAUGUGCUUUUGAAAAUUGGAAGGAGUUCCAGAAAGACUAGCUACAUCUUAGUUAAGCUGGGAAAGGCAUAUUUUGAAUUUGGCUUGCUGAUACUUUUAAGAGAGCUUUAAAAGUAGGGUGGGAAGGAGACAAGGACAAUAGCAGCAUGCAAACCACCUGUUUAGGCUAUUCUCUACAUGUGGUAUAUAGCCUUUCAGAAUACAGAUAGGAGGGAUCUCAUGAUACUUCAUAAUGUCCAUAAUAUCCCUGGAUAUUACACAAGAAGGAUAAAAAUACUGUAUUGAAGGAGUGCCUACAUAAUAUAUUUUGAGUGAGGUUAGGAAUGACCAACCAGGGUACCUCAUGAAUGUUAGAGUAAUAUAAAGUGGAAGAAAACUAGUAUUACUGGUGCAGGCUGAGAAGUCUGUUGGAAUAAUAGCCAUGAUUAGCAUACCCACAUGAGGCAGGAUAGUUUCAUUUUCCUGUAUAGGAAAGACAGAUUUGCACUGUUCUCCCCCCCACUCCCCCGAUCAUAAACUCUAACAAUACAGGUGCAAGUAAAUAAAGCCAUGGAUUUCCCCAUAUCUUGCAAUAGGUUAACUACUUAAGACAAUUUAAAGAGGAUUCUGUAUAUGGACUUUUAAUAUAGAAUAGGGAUCUUAAAACUGAUUGGAGCUGAAGUGCCAAAAAACACAGUUAAGGGGAACUUAUUUGAAACAGACUGGAAAGUACAUGUACAUGCUGGAAACACUGGCAAGGUUUAAAAAAACCCAUUAUAUAAUACUGGAUAAGCUUCUUUAAGCCUGCUUAAGGAAUUCUUGUGUAUUAAGACUCAAGAGCUGGGCCUGUUUUGUUUAGGAAAGGAUAUGACAACUGUUUACAAAUGCAUCAAUAUGGAAUACUGCAGAAAGCUACCAGCUGUUUAACUUAAUGUGAGAUGUGGAUACACAAAUCUUUGGUUACAAAUUGUUCUUAACAGUUUAACAAACUUAAAUUUGAAAUUUAAAUGAGUUUAAGUACUAUACUUCAGAACAGUCCCUAGAAUAGUUUUGGGAAUAAAGAGCUCCACAGGCCUUGACCGAUACAGUAAAUUGUAUGAUUUUUUUCCACAUGCCUGUGUAGUCUAUUGAUUUCCUAGAGGACUUUAACCCAAUGCAUUUGAUUGUAUGUUUUCUUCCUCCUUUCCUUUGGGGCAGCAGGAACUACCACAAGCAGCAAGGGGGAUAAAAUAGUAUAGAAAUAUAUUAAAAUUUCUUUUCAGAUGA